AUGCCUCGCCUCGUGCAGCGCCGGGAGCAACGUCCUGAUGUUGAGAAGCCACUCCUCGUCAGCGAUGACGAUGACACGAGCUUCAAAGACCACAAGCCCAACCACAACGCGAGCUUCCUCCUUCCAAUUACCUUCCUGGCGAGCUUCCUCCUCCUCUUGGAACCCUCUCCGGAGCAGGCCACAUCCGCGCGCAAACACUCGGACCGGUACGUCAAGGGUACGGCGCCGGUGCUGCUGAAGAACGCGACCCUGUGGACGGGCGAGAAAGACGGCACGGAAGUGCUGUACGGCGCCGAUGUAUGGCUCGAGGGCGGAGUGGUCCGCAAGAUCAGCACCGGCGAGGGCUUUGAGGAGCUCUUCGAGGCCGCCAAGAACAAGGGCCGAAGCGUCCAGACUGUCGAGCUCGACGGCGCGUGGGUCACGCCAGGCAUCGUCGACGUGCACUCGCAUAUGGGCAUCGACCCCUUGCCUGAAUUGCGUGGUAGCGACGAGACGAACAGCGACAAGGCGCCGAUCCAACCGUGGCUGCGCAGUCUUGACGGGUUUAACACGCACGACGCGGCGUUCAACCUGAGCAUUGCGGGCGGGAUUACGACCAUGUUGGUACUGCCUGGCAGUGCAGGUAACAUCGGCGGACAGGCGUUCACGUUCAAGCCUCGCUGGACGGCCGAGAACACUCCACAGAGCAUGCAGGUCGAGCCACCGUUUGUGAUUCGCAAUGGCGAGUGGCAGCGCACGCGCUCAUGGCGGCACAUCAAGCAUGCAUGCGGUGAGAACGCCAAGGUCUGGUACCACAAUGCAAGGAUGGACGCUGCGUACGACUUCCGCCGUGCGUACUCUGAGGGCAAGAAACUCAAGGACCAGCAGGACGCGUGGUGCGCUGCGCCGAAGAAGCAGACCGCCCCGUUCCCCGAUAGCCUCGAGUGGGAGGUCAUGGCUGACAUCAUCCGCGGACACGUCAAGGUCAACAUCCACUGCUACGAGACUGUUGAUUUGAACGAUCUGGUGCGCACCUCAAACGAGUUCAAGUUCUCCAUCGCUGCGUUCCAUCACGCCCAUGAGGCGUACCUCGUCCCAGGCCUGCUUCGCCAGACGUGGGGCAAGACUCCUCCCGCUGUGGCCAUCUUCGCCAACAAUGCACGGUACAAGCGCGAGGCGUACCGCGGCUCACCGUAUGCCGCCAAGGUCCUCGACGAGGCUGGUCUCAAGGUCAUCAUGAAGUCGGACCACCCGGUCCUCGACAGCCGUUACCUGAUCUACGAAGCCGCACAGGCGCAUGCCUUCGGUUUGGAGUGGAACCGCGCCCUAGCUGCUGUCACAACUACGUCAGCUACAGUUGCGGGCCUCGGUCAUCGCCUUGGUUACGUCCGUCCAGGCUACGACGCUGACGUUGUCGUGUGGGAUAGCUUCCCCCUCGCUGUCGGUGCCACGCCCAAGCAAACCUACAUCGACGGCAUCCCACAGAUUGUCCAUCCUCACGUCGUGCGUAAGCCAGCUGCCGCCCAGCAGAUCACCCCGAAGGGCGACUAUGACAAGGAGGCUGCAGAGGCCGUCGCGUCGCGCGGCGAUCCCGACCUUCGUCCGAAGAAGCGCUCGUCCAACAUCGUGUUCCAGGGCGUCAGGAAUCUCUACCUCUCCGGCGUCAAGAGCCAGGGUGAGGGCGAGCCCGGUACGGUCGUCGUGGAGAAUGGCAAGAUCACUUGUGCUGGCAAUAACUGUGUAACCGCCUCAAGCGCCGGGUACGAGACCAUCGACCUCAAGGGUGGCUCGCUGGCCCCAGGCCUUAUCUCCUACGGCUCCCCUCUCGGCCUCGAGGAAAUCAGCGCGGAGGAAACGACGCAUACAGGCGCUGCUCCCAGCAUCCUGGACGACAACAAGAUCCUCUCGGGCCUCCUCGUGCAUGCUGCCGACGGUGCUCAGUUCGGUGGCAAGGACGAGCUCAUGGCGCUGCGCGAGGGCAUCACCACGGGUGUCACUUGCCCCUCCACUGGCGAGUUCCUCAUGGGCAUGUCAUACUCAUUCUCGCUCGGUGCGCGGCAUGCGCUCGAGGCGGGCGCGAUCGGAAACCAUGCGGCCGCAUUGCACAUCGCGGUUAGACAGUUCGGCGACGCUCAUGGCGAUUCGAGCUUUUCCGUCGCGACUGCGAUGGGUGUCCUCCGCCGCCUCCUCCACGGCGAAGCAGGCCAAGGUGAGGUCGCAGCCGCCUUUGGAAAGGUCGCAGCCGGAGAGCUCCGCCUCGUCGCGUCCGUGAACUCGGCCGACGCCAUCGCCGCCCUCAUUCGCUUGAAGCGUACCGUCCCGGCAAUGCGGCUGACGAUCUCUGGGGCGCAGGAGGCGUGGAUGCUGGCUGACGAGCUGGCCGCCGAGAACAUUGGCGUAGUCAUCGCAGCUCCCCGCGCCUUCCCAUUCAUGUGGGACCAGAGGCGAAUCCUCCCCGGCCCGCCGCUCAGCAACAUGACCCUCCCCGCGUACUUGCACACCCGCGGUGUCAAGGUCGGCCUCGGCAUUAUCGAGGCAUGCGACGCACGCCUCACCCGCUUUGAGAGCGCGAUGGCGUACGCAUCCGCGCCCACGACCUUCUCGCGACAGGACGCCAUCGACCUCGUGAGCGCCAACCUCGUCGACGUGCUUGGUCUGAACGACCGCCUGAGCGCUACUGAGCAGGGCGUGGAUCUGGGCUUUGUCGCCUACGAAGGGGAUAUGUUCAGCUUUGAGGGACGUGUGCGUGCCGUCCGUGCGCCGGGCCAGGAUGCCAUGGACCUCUUCUAA